AUGCCUUACAUCUCUGCCGCCCGUUAUGGAAAGGACAAUGUCCGCCUCCUCAAGGUCACCCGCGACCAGACCACUGGUGUUCAGACCGUCACCGAGAUGACCGUCUGCUGUCUGCUCGAGGGCGACAUUGAUACUUCCUACACUGAAGCUGAUAACAGCGUUAUAGUCGCAACCGACUCCAUUAAGAACACCACUUUCAUCAUUGCCAAGCAGCAUCCCGUCAACCCUCCGGAGCUGUACGCUUCCAUCCUGGGCAACCACUUCAUUCAAAAGUACAGCCAUAUCCACGUUGCCAAUGUCAAGGUCGUCACUCACCGAUGGAUACGUAUGGACGUUGAUGGAAAGCCGCACCCGCAUAGCUUCAUCAAGGAUGCCGGCGAGACUCGCAACGUCGAGGUCCGUGUGAGCCGCAAGGAUGGCAUCAGCAUCACCAGCUCCAUUGUAGGCCUCACCGUCCUCAAGAGCACGGGUUCUGCCUUCCACGGCUUCGUCCGCGACGAGUACACCACUCUACCCGAGACCUGGGACCGUAUUCUGUCCACCGAUGUCGACGCCAGCUGGAAGUGGGCAACGUUUGCCGACCUCAAGGCUGUGGAGGAGAGCGUUCCCAAGUUUGACAAGGCUUGGGACUCUGCUAGAAACAUUACCCUCAAACUCUUUGCCGAGGACAACAGCGCUAGUGUUCAGAACACAAUGUACAAGAUGUGUGAGCAGAUCUUGGAUGCGGUACCGGAAACUGAGACGGUUGCCUACUCGCUGCCCAACAAGCACAACUUUGAACUUGAUCUGAGCUGGCACAAUGGUCUACAAAACACGGGCAAGGACGCCGAGGUUUACGUUCCCCAGACCUGCCCUAAUGGUCUCAUCAAGUGUGAGGUUUCUCGAUCUUGA